CGCCGCGCUCUCAGAUAGGACGUACGUCUCUCUGCGCUCCCGAGAUCGUGAUUAUAAGAACAGCUAAUUAAGAUGUCUAGUGGUUGUGGUGUGCUCCGCUUAGUCAAGGUGUAGAAUGUAUCCUCUGAAGACUGCUGUGAGUGCUGUAUUUGCUGCCGUUUUGUUUACCAACUUUGGAAUGGGAUUCCAGCCAGAGUUUGCCGAGCCCUUAGAAAACCUUACUAUUGCUGUAGGACGUGACGCCACCUUCCGGUGCAUGGUCCAACAUCUGGGAGGUUAUAGGGUAGGGUGGGUGAAGGCGGACACGAAAGCCAUUCAAGCUAUACACGACCACGUGAUCACCCACAACCCGCGGGUGUCGGUGUCACACUCUGACCACAGCACGUGGAACCUCCAUGUCCGCAGUGUCCAGGAAGAGGAUCGUGGCCAGUACAUGUGCCAGAUAAACACUGAUCCCAUGCAGAGUCAGAUGGGUCAUCUUGAUGUAGUAGUACCUCCGGACUUUGUGAAUGAAGAGACCUCCAGUGACAUUAUGGUGCCUGAGGGAGGUACCGCCAAACUUAUCUGCAAAGCUAGGGGAUAUCCAACUCCUCAUGUCACAUGGAGACGCGAAGACAAUGGGGAUAUCAUCGUUAAGGAGCCAGGCGGGAAGACCAAAGUGAGUUCAUAUCAAGGGGAGGUUCUGAAGCUGGCCAAGAUUACCAGGUCGGAGAUGGGCGCGUAUCUGUGUAUCGCGUCCAACAGCAUCCCACCCUCUGUCAGCAAACGAAUCUUGGUCAACGUUAAUUUCCAUCCCGUCAUUCAAGUGCCCAAUCAGUUGGUGGGAGCGCCUACGGGCACAGACGUCACCCUUGAAUGCUAUGUGGAGGCCUCCCCUAAAUCUAUCAACUACUGGGUCAGAGAUUCUGGAGAAAUGGUGAUAUCCAGCGAGAAGUACGAGGUGCAGAGUCUGACAAAGUCACUGUUCGAGGUCAAGAUGAUGCUUAUAAUUCGAGGCUUCAACAAACAGGAUGUUGGGUCUUAUAGGUGUAUCGCAAAGAACUCACUGGGAGAAGUGGAGAGCAAUAUUCGAUUAUAUGAGAUUCCUGGACCAACUAAAAGGGUAUAUCCGGGACCACCAUAUGACGAAGAAGACCAACAAUAUGAGGUGUACGGAUCAGCAGAGGAUGAAGAUCAGGAUGAACUCUCUAACUCAGUACAGGUAGUUGCGGGUUGGGGACAGACUCCAACCUCGGGGACCCCGUCGAGAGGGACCUUUAAUACUGUACAUGUUGACUCUUCUGCACCGAGCAGUGCUUCAAGGCCAAGCAGUCUCCUGGCUUGGAGUGUCUUGCUGCUCAGGUUUCAGUGGUUGGGGAAGCCCCGACCAUCCGGACAUCAAUCUUCAAAUACUCUCCAUCCUAAAACUACCCCAAAUGCGAGUAGUGCUUCCGUAUUCUCAGACAUCCUCUCGUACGUCUUCACGGCGCUUUGACGCUACGCUUGACCACUUGGGACUUUACCCUUUUUUAAACUUAGCUCUGUUGUUUUAUACUUAGCAAUAUGAACUGUAAGAGACUGAAUUAAUCUAUAUGACGUUGUUAAUCUAUAUUACUAGGUUUGUGAUGCUUACUUCUGACUUAACGAAAGAACCAUUUUUAAUAAAAAGACCUUUGAUAUGCUUUGGUAGAUAAAAUAGGAUCUAACCCCUGCAAUAAUAUAGCGGUUAAUAGUUGUACCUAAUCCAUGAAAUGAUAGUUUUGUCUUUAACUGCAAAUAAGUAAUUUAUGGUCAAUAUGUUGCAUUUUAUUUGAGUUAACUUUAUAGAUUUUUGUUAUGUUAAAAGACUAACAAAAGAAGUCAAUACAUUUUUAACUUUUACUGUUUCGCAAUAAAUGUUAAGGGCGAAAACAAAACAAAUUAAAUUUAACAAUAAUCAUGUAAUUUAUUGAUUGAAAGAAUAACAGGCACUCUCUAUGAUAUAAUUAUGAUAUCAUGCCGUAAAGCGUCUCAAAUUCUUAAAAGAAAACAGCUUAGUUAUAAUAAAUAGUUGAGACAAGGCAGUCACUGUGUAGUUGUGUAAGAUUUCAAGCAGGUUGCAUAACUUUGUUGAGAAAAAAUAAAGCUAACAUCUGACGGAACCCCCUAUUGUUCUGUGCCUAUUUAAUUUUAAGGCUUUAUCAUAUUUGAGAUAAAAUUUUCUUUUAUGUGCAGUUAUCUAGUGGGAGUGGAAGUACAUAACAUUAUAUCAGUGGUCGCUUUAGUAGAAAUACUAUAACAUAUUAUCUACCAUUGUGCUAACGCACGAUUGAAAUGAGUGCAUUUAACUAACAGUAGGCAUCAUUAAUAACGAUAUUAAUAACAUUCUAUGUUUUUAAUCAUUGUUUACUAUGGUAAGAAUAAUAAUUGUUAGUUUAAUGUGUGUCAAUACGAUUUACAAUUAAACGUUUAUAAACACAUCAAGAAUGAAAGCAAUAGCUUUUUGUAAGGAUUCACGGAAUCCGAUAUAAAGGUGACUACACUUAUAAAGCUCAUUAUAAACAAUAAAGUGGAAUGUUGUGAAAUAUAUCUGUUGUAUUGUUAUAAAACAAAUAAAAGUUUUCAAUAAACAUUGAAUUACAAAAAAUAUUUGGUCCACCGGGACAUGUAUUUUGUUUAUGUAUUGAAAAUUAAACUAGGCUAUUGCCGUUUAUCCAAAUUUAGUUAUAAAAUAAUUCAAAUAUUGAAUGUGAAAUAUGCAUUAUAAGUAAUAAAUUUGAAUGGAUCUUACCUUUCAUUCGUAAAUAGUUAUUCAUGAAGUCCUCGAUAGAAUUAUAUCUGAGAAAGUGAUGUAAGGUUUACAGAAUAACCAUGCACUGAGUUCAUUAAACUGUCAGAAAAGCAGAAUUGCCGACAAAUAUUCUAAAAGCUUAAAUUAUUAGUACUAUACAUAAAAUACCCCUCGAUUAAUAAAUCGAACGAUACGCACAAGUGGGUAACUCAUUGACUUUUAAGACAAAGAAAAUUGUUUUCAUGACAACCAAAAAUAUAGUACAGUUAAAAAAAUAUAGUUAAUUAUAUUUAGAAGUCUUCGAGGUAGUAUUAAAACAAAUAAAAUUAACAAAUUUAAAACUUUCCAAUUUUUUCGUAGAAUACCCAAAAUACAUAGCAGCAACAGAAUGUAGUGUAUGUUUAAUUAGCAGUAGAGUGAAGACAUUGUAGGGUAUAUUUUUAACGUUAAAUAACAAACGCAAAAAUUACCUGAAAUGCUAAGAAUUAAAGAUUCUAAGAGAGAAAAUUGAAAGAAUAGUUAGCAAUAUACUUGCAACUACAUCCUUUGUAGAGCUAACAAAAAUUAUGUCACUUAACCCACAUACAUUAAUUCAAAUUAUAUACUUCUAGAUCAAAUUUCUAUAAAACCAGUUAAAUAAUAAUAUAAGGAUUGUUGUGUGUCUAACACCUGAUAUGAAAAAAUAGAUUAUUUGGAGUUUGUAGUGAAGUAUUCUGUUCCAUAGACCAUGGGAAUGUUAUAAAAUAAGAGCACUGCAAUAAAGAAUACAAUAGUGAUCAAACAUGUCCUGACCACAUACUUUCGUAUGAAGGAUGAAACGUAUAAGAUUAUGAAAUUAUUAAUAUAUUGUUGCACACUGAAACAUAAAUCCUACGUUAUGUAUCUAUUUAUAACCACAGAAAAAAGUAUGUUUUUAAUAUUAAUCAGUUAUUGCAAAAGAUAAUAGUGUGAAGCUCUCACGUAAACAUAACCCUUCUUUCAAUGUGCAAAUCAAGAUAUAUAUAUAUAUAUAUAUUGAUAUUUUUUUUAAAGGAACACAACUCUAUAGGGAUAUAAUUAUUUCUUUAUGUGUCGUUUCCAUGAACAUUUACUAUAGUUUACACAUUUUUCCUGACUGCACGAAAAUGUGCUUAAACUUUUAACAUAGAUCAAAUCCAUUAUAACUUGGGAUACUAAUGAUCACUGAAACAUACCUAAAUAUAAAAAGUAUUUUGAUGUCUUGAUGAUCUGUCUAAUGAUGAUGAUGGUCGUGAUAUCUUAUAACCGUUUUUUUAUUUGUCUUAUAUGAUAUUUUUAAACCUGUAAACUUGUAGAAAACUGACAUCUAUACUGUCGAAAUAUCCCACAGAUGCUCUGUAUGAAAAUAUUUCACAUUGCAGCUACUUACUGACUGUCCAAAAUCUUAAGGUCCCUCUACCAUUCUACGAAUUGAUCAUUGAAAUUGAAUCGUAAUUUGAGGAAUGACAGUCGAACAUUAGAUCCUUCUUCAAAUCUCUUUAAUCAUUUUCAGAAGAUUUAUAACCCGUGUUGUUUUUUAUUUAUAUUAAUGUGGUUCCAGAAAUUAGUUUUGAACUCACAACGUAUAAUCAUACUAUAUUUAAUAAUUAAAUAUAGUAACCAGUUGUCUAACAUGAUUAGUAGGAACGUUUUAAUAUAAAGCCUUGUGAGCAUUUGAAAGUUUCUAAAAAUAAUCAAUAAUAUUGUUCAUCCAAGCUUUUACUCCUAUUAUUCCACAACAUAAUUCAAAAUAUGGUGGGAUUUAAUAGUAUGUGACAUCAGAGACAAGCUCUAUUAGACACAGCUUCGUAUUAAAAUUGUCAGCUUAUAUGGAACAAAACUACACAAAAGUAUUUUGUAACAAAAUUUAUAUAUAAAUACAUAUAUAUUUACAAUAUUAAUUCAUAUAUAGUCAAUCUAAAUAUUUCAUUGGUACUACGUAAAGCUUCUUAUCAAUAAUAUAUCUAUUUUAUAAUUUUUCUAUUAAUUUCCUUUAUAUUUCAUUAAUAAUUCAGACAACAUGUAGAAUUGUUACAAUUAAUCCAGUUCUAUAAACGUAUACCAAUGCAUAAUUUUUGAUUGUUUAAGAUCUCUUAACUUUAAACACUUUAAGUUAUUUAUUAAGUAUUAUUUAAAACGUAUUGUUCUUUGACAACCAAAUAAAUAUGAUGUAAAACGAAUUUAUGUUAUUUGUAAUAUAGCAAAAUAUCAUUAUGUAUGGUUUAUUAAUGUUAGCCUGUUUGAAGUAGCUUUUGUACGAAAGUGUAAAUAAUCAUAUAUUUGGUAUAUUUAUUGUUAGAAAGCAGAAAUAUAAAAAUUGUUUUGACGAUUGUCAAGUUUGUACGAUCCACAGCUAAUGUAUAUACGAGAGGUGUGCCUAAUGUACCAUUCAUAAAGGACUAAUUAUAUAAUCAGCUAGAUGUAGACGAUUGCUUCUGUAUAUAAUAAUAUAUACAUCAGUUCACCUAGAGCUUACAGUUAAGUGCGUCGACAAUAAUAUGCUCCUCUCCAAGACAUUUUAAUUAUGUUUUUCUGCUACGCAGCAGUAACAAUUGAAUAGUUUGUAUAAAUAGAGUUUACGUACAUGAAAUUAGAAGCUCAAUAUUUAGAGCUAUCCAUAUUUCCUCUGUUUCUUAAGUUAAAGUAAUUAUUUUUUAUUUAUUAGGACUGAUUUAUUAUAUUUUCCAGAAACACUUGUAAUUUGUUGUAAAACGUAGCAUUUUAUUAAAAUUGACUUGCAAAUCUAUCUUUAAAACAUCAAACUGUAGCAGUAUAGUAUCUUCAAUUAAAAUCUACAUUUUUCAAAGAAUAUUAAUUUUUAUAGAUCUCUUUUGCAUAAGUAAUGUUAAAACCAUUACAAAAUAGUCAUUGAACAAAUAUAUUUUAGUGUUAAUUGGCCUUUUAAUACUUCUGAUAUAUAUUUGUUGCAAUAAAGUGACUUAGUUCUCUAAGGUGAAUUAAAUCAAUAAAAAAUCUCAUUAAUAAAUAUUUUGUUUUGUAUUUACAAAUUGCAAAUUACUUACAAAAUAUAUGUAUACAGAUUAAUAUAUUUACUAAGCUGCUUGUAGAUGUCCCAUGUAAAUUUCCUCGAUGUAUGCAACCCAUAUUACAGGAAUAUAAUGUGAUGUAUGAUAAGUUGUACAUUCAUUUAGUAGGCUGUGGAAAUCAUCGUAUAACAAUGUUGUUUUAUGUAAGUGGUUUUGUUGUUCCAUAUGUGUUAUCAGAUCUAGAACAAGUUAAAUAUUUUGAAUUAGUGAGACUUUAUUGUACAAUGAUAUAUAAAUAAAGAUAUUGUUUCUUUUA